AUGGGCGUCUCUUACCAGCCGUUGGACGUGACCAACCCUAGCGGCAUUUCCGAAUGCCUCCUCGCAGUGCCCUUCGAGGCAUACACCGAUUCACCCUCAUCUACAACUGUCGCUGAUGAGGAUUCCAACGCCGACAGAGUCAAGGGCAGCACUACCGUGCGAGUUGAAGCGAUCCCCCGCGCAAAGGUGGGGCCGCGCAUCGGGAAAUGGCGUCGGUCACUGGCGGCCUUCGUUCGGUCCAGGUUUGCGACUCGCUGCGCUGAUCGCGACGACGCUUUACCGCUGCUCUCGCAGGAUACACCGCAGUUUGGGAAGCGGUCUUGUCGCUCGUGGGUGGAGCACUGGUUGGUGCGGGGAUUGUUGGGUUUCUUCGUUAUACUAGGCAUUAUCCAGUUCAUCUCGAUCGCCUGUGGAAUCGGGCUGAUCUUCUUCCCGGACGAAUAUGACCGCGCGGCACGCUUAUUGAUGCCGACCAGCGAACAACCCGAUUCCGACGACAUCACCCACUGGCCGACCGAUUUCUCUCGCGAAAUCCUUCCCGUCGGAUGCCAUUCGCACAAUGACUACUGGCGCCGGGUCCCUCUGUUCUCUGCCCUGCAGGCAGGUUGCAUCGGAGUCGAGGCGGAUGUCUGGCUCUUCGACGAGGAACUGUACGUCGGCCACACGAGAUCCGCUCUGACCAAGCGUCGUACCCUGCGAUCCUUGUACGUCGACCCACUCGUGCGCAUUCUCGAUCGCCAGAACCCGGUUACCCCGUUCCAGCGGACGAUCGAGACUCCCCCGCACGGGGUCUUCGAUACAGACCCCGACCAGACGUUAAUCUUGCUGAUUGACUUCAAAACGGAUGGCGCGGCGACUUGGCCCGCCGUUGUGAAGGAGUUGGCCCCGCUGAGGGACGGAGGAUACCUCACGUUCUUCAAUGGGCGUGAUAUCAUCCCCGGGCCGGUGACGGUAGUGGGAACGGGCAACACACCCUUCGAUCUACUCACAGCAAACACAACCUACCGGGAUAUCUUCUUCGAUGCCCCGCUAGACAAGCUGAUCGAUGAUCUGGGCCUCGACCGCGGACAAGUCGGCACAUUUGGCUCGCCUGUGAAACGGUCUACGGGACUGGGCCAGGGCCUAUCUGGGAUGCCGGACAGCAUUACCGCGCACACGUUCAACGUCACCAACAGCUACUACGCCUCUGUAUCUUUCAAAAAGGCCGUCGGAUUCCCCUGGCCCUUCCACUUCACGGAGCACCAGAUGGAUUUGAUCCGGAGACAGGUGCGGAUUGCGCAUAGCCAUGGGUUGAAGGUGCGAUAUUGGGGAUUGCCGAGUUGGCCGCUCAGUUUGCGGAAUCAUAUUUGGCGGAUCCUUGUGCAGGAAGGGGUUGAUUUGCUGAAUGUAGAUGAUUUGACUGCUGCGACCAAGGGGGACUGGAAGAUUAAGAUUUUGGACUGGUGGUUCUAG